CUUUCUGCUGCAGCCAUGAGUACAAUGGAGGAACUAGAGAAUGUCCAGGAGUCUUCUCAGCCAACGAGUGAGGAGUCCUCGCAGCCAACGAGUGAGUCAUAUGGAAGUUCCAUCACACCGAAGAGCACGUCUGACUGGGAUUCUCAUUUCGUAGAUGAAUUAGGAGUGGAAUCCACCGAGGCGGGCAUGAUAGAUAUAAUCUUAAAGGAAUGGCAUCUCGCAGGUGUGCCUCCCAGCGAAAUUAAAGAAAUCGAGGCUACAGUAGAGGCGUGCCUCAUAGAAGAUCUUGAUAAAGCGUUUGAAAACAUGACCGUAUCAGAAUUUAAUCGUGACAAGUUCGGACUAAACCGCUCAGAGAUGGCCAAAAUUGAUAAUAAACAUCCGCACCUUAAAAAAACGUUUGUUCCAAAUAUACUGCAUUUCACUUUUGCCCUGGAACGAAUUUUCAUUGAUUGUUUGGCAAAAAGAGAAAUAUCUGAAGGCAAAUACGAGCUUUUAUUCGAGAAUUUGUUGAAAUCUUUUGGAUUUUUCACUUUGAAUCAUUCUCAUAUUGGAGUAGAAAAAUCUAUGAUCAGAGGGAAAACGAUGUCCUCAAAAGCAGAUAUCCUCUGUAUCAGGAGAAAACCCUUAAUGGAAAAAGAAAUCAUUUGUGUUUGUCAGGUAAAAAAAUCCUUGAAAGUGGAGGAUCCAGAUUUCUCCCCUCAAAGGAAAAAAUUAAGAUCGUCAAACACAGAAGAACCUGGAUGUUCUUAUAAAGGAGAUGCAGCUGUUUAUGCCCAACAUAUUGGAGAGCUCUUUGUGUAUUUCCACCAGUCUGUGAGUCCUAGGGGGAUUCUUGGCUUCACCAUUGAAAAGACCUGGGUAAGAGUUACAUACCUUGAGGUACAAGACUCUGCUUGGGACAAAAUUCGAAAGCCUGCAAAUAGAGGUGGAUCUGUGAAAUAUGAGGCAACUGAGAAGUGUCCUCAAUUUAAAUACAGUAGACGCUACAAUAUUUUAGACCCAAGUGAUCGCAGGGUAUUGUUCAAAGCACUCUUCCUCAUCCAAACGAUGCUGGAGCCAAAAACAAGUUUAAAUUUGUAAAUAAAGAAGGGAGGGCAUAUUA